AUGCAGAUAAAGACCCACAUAAGUAAACUCAUUAGGGGUUCCAUUCCUGAGUGCACUAAGGUGACAGAUUUCAUGAAAGCACUUGAAGCACAAUUUGUGACAUCUGAUAAGGCAUUAGCUAGCACCUUAAUGAAGAAACUUUCUAGCAUGAAGUUUGAUAACUCUAAGGGUGUGCGUGAACAUAUUAUGGAAAUGCGGGAUAUAGCUUCUCAACUUAAGUCCCUUAAGAUUGAAUUUUCUGAGUCAUUUCUUGUCACUUUCAUUCUCAACUCUCUUCCUAAUGAGUAUGGACCUUUCAAAAUCUCAUAUAACACACAUAAAGAAGAUUGGUCUAUUAAUGAACUCUUAGUAAUGUGUGUACAAGAGGAAGAAAGGUUGAAGAAUGAGAAUUUGGAAAGUGCUCAUUUAGCAGCACAUUUCAAAGGAAAGGGAAAGAAAGGCAAAGGUGUCUUAAAAUUCAAGAAGAAGGGUAAAGCACAUGGUAAUCCUAGUGGUUACAAAAUUUCGUGUUCUUCUGCAAGAAAAAGGGAACACAUGAAGAAGAAUGCUUGA